GCGACUAAAGCGAACAUGGUUAACAUCCACUUGGUGCCUCACUCCCACAACGACGUGGGUUGGCUUAAGACUGUUGAUCAGUCGUACUAUGGUUACAAGAACAAAAUUCACCAUGCAGGAGUGCAAUACAUAUUGGAUAAUGUUGUGGCUCAACUACUCCAAGAUUCCAAACGUCGCUUUAUUCAGGUGGAGACAGCCUUCUUCGCAAAGUGGUGGAAUGACCAGUCUGAAGCAAUCAGAAUGGUGGUAAGAAAAUUGGUCAAUGAAGGACGUUUGGAGUUCACCGGGGGUGCUUGGAGUAUGAACGAUGAGGCCGAUGUCAACUAUCAGGGGGUGAUUGAUCAAUUUACUGUGGGAUUGAAGUUCCUGAGCGAGACUUUCGGCGCCUGUGCUCGUCCCCGAGUUGGCUGGCAGAUCGAUACUUUUGGACACUCACGGGAGCAAGCUGCCAUCUUCGCCCACAUGGGGUACGACGGCCAAUUUUUUUCCCGAAUGGAUCAUAAUGACAAGGACACCCGAAUGAGUAACUCGACAAUGGAGAUGAUUUGGAAAGCCAGUGAAUCGAUGAGUGGAGUCAAUCUCUUCAGUGGCAUGUUGUACAAUUUCUACUCCGACACUCCUGGCUUCUGCUUCGAUAUACUUUGCACUGAUGAGCCGAUUAUCGAUAGCGAUAGCGAAGAAAACAAUGUAAAAGACAGGGUAGAUGACUUCAUUGCCUACGCAAGAAAUAUGUCAGAGGUUUACACUACUAACCACAUCAUGGUUCCCAUGGGGGGAGAUUUCCAGUAUGAGGACGCUAAAGUCAACUACAAGAAUAUGGACAAGUUGAUCAAGUACAUAAACGAACGCCAGGCAUCUGGAUCCAACUACAACAUAUUUUACUCCACCCCGAGCUGCUAUCUGAAUUCCCUGCACCAAAGCAAGCAGUCCUGGCCAACCAAAACUCAAGACUUCUUCCCAUAUGCCCAUGAGAAGAACAGUUUCUGGACAGGCUUCUUUACCUCGCGACCCACCCAGAAACGAUUUGAGCGGGAUGGGAAUCACAUGUUGCAGGUGGCCAAGCAGUUAUCUGUAUUUGCGAACCUUAAAAGUGAACAGCACAACACCAAUUUGGACUACUUGCGACAGGCUAUGGGAGUAAUGCAACAUCAUGAUGCCAUCACGGGCACUGAGAAACAGGCUGUCUCGGAUGACUACGAUCGAAUGUUGUACGACGCCAUAACAGGAGCCUCUAAGAAUGCCCGCGAUGCUCUGCGGAUUCUCACGGACUUGCCUAAAGGAGAGUUCGAAAGUUGCCUAAGAUUGAACAUCAGUGAGUGUGCCUUUACCAAGAAUGGAGCCGACAACAUUGUCGUGACUGUGUACAACCCACUGGCUCAUAGCUCCAAUCAGUAUGUUCGCAUACCCGUGACGGAGGAGGACUACGAAGUCACUGAUGCAAAGGGCAAAGCUGUUCCUUCUGAAGUCGUUCCAGUGGCAAACCAGGUAUUGGCCUUGGAAUACCGACCCAAUGACACUCAGCACGAGCUAGUUUUCAAGGCAACAGUGAAUAAAAUAGCCAGUUACCAUAUCAGAAAGCUUGAGGGCGCUCCAAAACUCCGCAUAAAGAAGAUUGCCCAGCGAGAAAAUGAUAGCUCCGAGACUGUAGUUGAAAAUUCACUAGUCAAACUGGUAAUUGACAACAACACAGGACGCUUAAAGUCGGUUGAGAUGAACGGUGUGUCUGAGCACAUUGUGCAGAACUUUGGCGUCUACAAGACCCACACGUCUUGUGCAUAUACAUUCCGCCAAGAUGGGAAUAUUGAAGUUUUUGAGGAUGACUUCGAAUUCACAGUUUACGAAGGCACGUUGGUCAAGGAAGUCCACCAGCGGGUAAACGAUUGGAUCUCGCAAGUGAUCCGCAUUUACGAGGAUGUCAAUCGGGUGGAAUUUGAAUGGUUGGUGGGGCCAAUUCCUGUCGACGAUAAUCUGGGCAGCGAGGUUGUCACGAACUUUAGGAGUCAGAUUUCAUCAAAAGGAGUGUUCUACACCGAUUCCAAUGGCCGUGAGUUAAUGAAACGCGAGAAGGAUAAGCGUGAAGACUUUGUUUCCGAUUUGAGUCGUCAACCUGUGAGCGGUAACUUCUAUCCAGUCACGUCCCGAAUUGCUUUACAAGAUGACAGCAAGCGAUUGGUUCUCCUAAAUGAUCGUUCCCAGGGAGGAGCCAGUUUGGAGGAUGGCGCCUUGGAGAUGCUAAUUCAUCGCCGCCAUCUUUUCAACGAUGGUGGUGGUGUGGGCGAAGCUCUGAAUGAGACUCAGUUUGGCAAAGGGCUGAUUGCCCGAGGAAAGUUAUACCUGUUACUUGAUUCUGUGGAAGAUGGAGACACUGUUAGGGAACGAAAGGCAGAAAAAGAGCUUUUCCUUCCGUUCUGGAAGUUCUUCAGUAGGGCUAGUGAAAUCGGACAGCAUACGAGCAUAACCAUUCCUGACUUCAGUGACCUUCCCCAGUCGAUACAUCUCCUCACCUUAGAGUCCUUUACUGAGAAUGAAAUUUUACUACGAUUCGAAAAUUUCUUAGACAAAUCUGAGGGAACAGUGAUAAGCUUCAACGUGCGUGAUAUAUUCGACAGCCUGGGUGGCUCGGCGAUUAGGGAAACUACCAUGGAUGGAAACAUGUCACUGGACGACAUGAAGCGAUUCAAGUUCCAUGCCCAAGAACCCGGAAAUAGUCCAUCAGCCGCGGAAUUCUCAACGGCUCAGCAUAAAUCACUUGAAGCUGACAAGUCGGAUGACACUUCACGGUUUAUUGUCACAUUAUACCCUAUGCAAAUUCGCACAUUUAUUAUUAAAACGAAUUAA